CUGCGUUUUGGACCAUGAGCAUGGGGUCGUUGGAGGGAUGGCGGAGGAGGUUGGGAGAGAAGACGAUGGCCAGGUUCCUGGGCGUCAUUUGAUUGAACUGAGAGAGCUCGGCGCAGUGGUUCAGAAAAUGGAUCAGGUAGACCAAGGUGGCCGCAUUGGCCUUGGGGAGGACCGUGUCGAGGAACGCGAGCGUCGGCGCCAGGUCUUGGGCCUGGCCCGCGUCCAGGGCGCGUCGAUAAUGCUGCAAGGGGACGAGAGGCUCCCGCAGGUGCCGAAGCCAGGCUUUGAGCAGGUCGGCCACCACCAUCGGGUCCGUCGUGUCCACGGCCUCGG